AGUGCGCGAUUUCUUUAAUUUUUCGAUCCAAGGUAAGCCAACUAUGGAGAAUUCUAAAAAAAGAAAAGUGACUGAAGAAAACAGAACGUUUAAUGAUACGUGGACAGAUUCAUUUGCUUUCACUGUUGACGAGACUGGUUUACCGGUAUGCUUAAUAUGCAAUGAGAAACUAGCAAACAACAAAAAGUCAAAUGUCGCAAGGCAUUUCCAGAAUAAACACGCAGCCUUUGCUCAAAAAUAUCCGGAUGGAGAUGAGAGAAAAAAAGCCGUUUCAGAACUGAUGCGGAAGGUUGAUCUGAGCAAAAAUCAUUUCCAGAAAUGGAUGAAGUCUGGAAAAUCAACGACAUACGCCAGUUAUAUUGCCGCUCAGGAAAUAGUCAGGCACGGGAAGCAGUUUACAGAUGGUGAAUAUAUAAAAGAAUCUUUCAUUAAGAUUUCAGAACAUCUAUUCACGGACUUUAAAAACAAGAGUGAAAUUGUGCAGAAAAUCAGGGAUAUGCCCCUCUCUGCAAAGACUGUCAAAGACAGAACCAUAAAAAUGGCAGAAGACAUCACAAGACAGCAAAUUAAAGACAUCAAUUCAGCUGUGGCCUACUCGAUUGCCUGUGACGAGUCUAAAGACAAAGGUGAUAUUGAACAAAUAGCGUUGUUCUGCCGGUAUGUAAACUCUGCCGGGCCACAGGAAGAACUGAUUGAGUUGAUACCUCUAAAAGACCAAACACGGGGGGAGGACAUCUGUGAGGCUGUCUUGAAUUGUUUAAGAGCCAAAGGAAUAAAGACCACCCAUCUGGUGUCAGUAGCUACUGAUGGGGGCACCGAAUAUGACGGGAACGCACAAGGGAAUUGUGGCUUUACUGCAGAAGUCGCUGGACAGAAAGCUGCUGACUUUUCACUGCAUCUUGCACCAAGAGGCACUGUGCGCUCAAACAUUUCCUCCGGAAUGCACAGAAGUAAUGGAUGUUGUCAUUCAGAUUGUCAAUAAAAUAAUGGCAAAAAGUUUAAAUCACCGUCAAUUCCGUUUGUUACUGGACGAGCUGGAAAUUGCAUAUUCUGAUCUCCUGCUGCACAACAAAGUCUGAUGGUUGUCCAGGGGGGAGGUGCUGAAAUGCUUUGUCGCGUGUCUGGAAGAAGUGAAAACUUUCCUGGGCAGCAAAGGGCUCAACUUUCCUGAGCUGGAACAGCCAGAUUGGCUGGAAAAGCUACACUUCAUGGUAGACAUGACAGCGCACCUGAACACGCUGAACACAGCUCUUCAACGGGGUUGACGGCUGGCUGACGUUAUUUUUGGUUUGCUGCUGGCGGCAAAUUUAAGUUUGGCAUUUUUCAUAAAUACAAGAAGGACUCAAAUAGACGUUGAGUAUUUUACUUAAAAGUAACCUUCAACCCAACGUCUUUUUUUCGGAGUUCAAAAUGUUUUUGUUGCAUGUAGAAAUGUAAUUUCAUUUUCUCUGCAGGAGUUCAUCAAUUUCAUAAAUGCAACACAUUAUAGUUUGUUUAUACAUAGCAUAAAGGCAAAACAAAACGUUGUAUGCAGUGUUAUUUCAUUUUAAAUGUCAAGCGGGUUUUGCGGCUCCCAGUGUUUUCUUUUCUGUGGGAAACGGGUCCAAGUGGCUCUUUCAGUGGUAAAGGUUGCUGACCCCUGUGCUAGACAGUUAGAGUGCUGGAGCGAACGGUGCUGGGUCAGUUGAUUGUCAUCUAUAACAAUGAACUGGAUGAUAAUGUGGUUAACAAGUACGCGGAUGACACCGAGAUUGGUGGUGUAGUGGACAGAGAUUGGGAGUGUAGUGGACAGAUAGGAAGGCUAUCAGAUCUUGCAAUGGGAUCUGGAUCAGAUGAAAAAAUGGGCUGAAAAAUGGCAGAUGGAGGUUAAUGCUCACUUCAGUAGGACCAACUAGGAUAGGUUACUGAGGAAUGCGAUAGAACAAAGGGAUCUGAGAAUACAAGUCCAUAAUUCAAUGAAUGUGGUGUCACAGGUAGGUAGGGUCUUAAAGAAAGCUUUAGGUACAUUGGCCUUCAUAAAUCCAGAUGUUGAAUACAGGAAAUGAAAUGUAAUGUUGAAGUUGUAUAAGACAUUAAUGAGGCCUAACUUGGAGUAUUGUGCUGUUUUGGUCACCUGGCUACAGGCAAUAUGUAAAUAAAAUUGAAAGACUACAGAAAAAAUAUACAACAAUGUUGCUGGGACUGAAGGACUGAGUUAUAGGGAAUGAUUGAAUAUGUUAUGACUUUGUUCCUUGGAACAUAGAAGAUUGAGGGGAGAUUUGGUAAAAUUAUGAGGAGUAAACGCUAGCAUGCUUUUUUCCCCACUGAUGUCAUGUAGAACUACAACUAGAGGUCAUGGAUUAUAAGUGAAAGGAGACAAGUUUAAGGGAAACUUGAGGGGAAAUUUGUUACCACAGGCAGCUGUGGAGGCCAGGUCAUUGGGUAUAUUUAAGGCUGAGUUUGAUAGGUUCUUGAUUGGAAAUGGCAUCAAAGGUUACAGGGAGAGGGCUGGAGAAUAGGGGCUGUGGAGGGGAAAAUAGGAUCAGCCAUGAUCGAUUGGUGGAGUAGACUCGAUGGGCCAAAUGGCCUAAUUCUGCUCCUAUGUCUUAUGGUCUGAUGGUCUAAGCUUUUUCACUCAGAGGGUCGUGAGAGUGUGGAACAUGCUGCCAGCACAAGUGGUUCAUGUGAGGUCGAUUGCAACAUUUUAAGAAGAGUUUAGAUAGAUAUAUGGAUGGCAGGUCAUGGAGUGCUAUGGUCCGGGGUCAGGUCGAUGGGAUUAGGCUUCGGCAUGAACCAAAUGGACCGAAGGGUAUGUUUCUGUGCGGUACUUUUCUAGGACAUCUUACUUGCAGCAGCAUCAUAGGCAUGCAGCGUCAGGUACACAACAGUUACAAGAAAAAACUUAAUUUCGACACAGAUUUUUUACAAGAGAGAUCACAAUUGUAAGAAAAAGUAUAUUAAAAUACAAAAUAGGUACGUUGCUGGGUAUUUUUGAUAUUUAAAUAAUCAAAGAAGACUUUGAUAGUAUCUGAUUACUUUAAUUGUUUAAUGGAAAUGUUAUAUAGGACAAUUGUGGCAAGAUCUGAAGGAUUAUUAAAUAUGGACUGUUCCUUUAAAAAGAGAUCGCGGAGAGUGUGUGUGCUAUUUCAGAGAUAAGCGAGAAAGCCUGUGAGCUGCCUUGGAAAUGGCAAGGUGGAGCUAUAUGACGGACAGCUGGUGUUCAGCAGUUGUGGAAUAUAUACAGGGUCAACGGGCUUUGAAAUCAGACACACGGAAGAUACUGACACUGGUUGGGCUUUUUGCUCACAGUGUGGACAAAGGGGUGACCGGUGGGGAGCUAUCGGCGCGUUUAAUCCUCUCCUGGGUUGAUAGCUUUACCGCGUGAAAAUGGCAUCGUCUUUUGUGUGGUCACGGUCGGUGACUUCAAUAAGUUAUGGGAGCAGGAGGACAACAUGGAAGAUUCGACGGCAUCGGCACUGGGAAGACAAAACAUCUCCCUCUCUCUCUUCAAUCAACUCAAUUCAAUAUCCAGAACUGAACUGACUUCAUACCUAUACCACUGUAAGACUGUAUCAUUUAUCAUCUGAGCUGAGAGAAGUUUGGGGACUUUAUUUACUCACUUAUAUAUGCAUAUA